AUCCGGCUCCGCUGACGGGACCACAGCUGGGGCAUUCACAGCCACUUGUGUCCGCUUUUACGCACAGUCAUGGUUUGGACGCACAGGUGAACUUGUUUGUCGUCAACGCGCUUCGACCACAGAUCCAGAAGGACGGACUCCAGACUGAAGAAGUCCCACAGAAGAACUGCAGAACCUUAAACCACCGGACACUUCAUCUUCUGUGCAGGUUUCCAGAACCAUGUCCAGGAAGAAGGCGGUGAAAGGCAGAAGCUCCAGGAGCCCCAAGGCGUCUCCGAGCGGCAGGACGGGGAAGGGUCUGUCCGCCGCCGCCGCUCCGUCCUCCGGGCUGGUGUACCCCAGCAGACCGUCCAUCAGCAACAGCGGAGAGUUCUAUGACAUGGCCUUUAAGGUGAUGCUGGUGGGGGACUCAGGUGUGGGGAAGACCUGCCUGCUGGUUCGCUUCAAAGAUGGAGCCUUCCUGGCUGGAAGCUUUAUAUCCACUGUGGGCAUCGACUUCAGGAAUAAAGUUUUAAGCAUCGACGCUGUCAAGGUUAAACUGCAGAUUUGGGACACUGCAGGACAGGAGCGUUUCAGAAGCGUCACACAUGCGUACUACCGCGAUGCACACGCUCUCCUCCUCCUGUACGACGUCACGAACAAAGCAUCCUUCGACAACAUCCGGGCGUGGCUGACAGAGAUCCAUGAGUACGCCCAGCAGGACGUGGUGGUCAUGCUGCUGGGCAACAAGGCCGACUCCACACAUGACAGAGCAGUGAAACGAGAAGAGGGAGAGAAACUGGCCAAGGAGUUCGGAGUGCCCUUCAUGGAGACCAGCGCUAAAUCUGGACUGAAUGUGGAGCUGUCCUUCACUGCUGUGGCCAAAGAACUGAAACACCGGACCAUGAAGGAGCCCGACGAGCCAAAGUUUCAGCUUCAGGAGUACGUGGACAAGGAGAUGAGGACGGUGGGCUGCUGCCGCUCGUAGACCACCUCCUAAACAUGAGCUCAGAUGUGUGUUUUUGUGCGACAGUGACAGACUGAUCAGGUACAGUCGACUAAAGCAUCUGUACCUGCAAGGAUUCUCUGACCACGACGAUGGUUUGUAAUAUUUCAGUCGGUAUACUCUCUCUCUCCAACCCACCCAUCCUCUGCAAAUGUGAAUGUAAUAUAACUCUUAUUGUAUCUACAUGCUUGUGCGUACAUGUACACACACACACACACACACACACACA